ACGAGAGAAGAGAUGAUGGAAUUUCAGUUCCUCAAAAACAUGAAAUGAAAUCCAGCUGAGAUCAUAAGAGAUGAUGUCUCGGCCGCCGGAGGAGUGCGACACGGCGCAGAGCGCAGGAGACGGUCACCCACCAGAUGUUCCCGAUGAGCGUGAUACAGGCUCGUCUGACACUGAAUUUGAGGAUGCAGGAAAUAAGAAAGAGGAAACGAUGAAAAGGCUGCACGAGUUUGAAGAAAUAUCACAAAAGCUGCUGGAAGAACUGUCGAUUUUGGAAGCCGAGUUUGAAAUAAACAAUGCGUCCCUGGGAGAGGAAGAGCUUUAUCCAACCCAGCUUACCAAUCAAAACUCAGCAUGCACAGAAUCCGCUGACGCGUUACAGGACCAGCCUGAAGUGACCCAAAAUCAAGUGGCUGACGUGGAUGAUGACGUUUUGGAACGAGAUAAAAAAGGGCUUCUCCGGUUAGAAGAGCGGCCUGAAGAUAUACAGACGUCUAGCAAAGAGGACCCAGAGGUGACCGAGGCACCAGCAGAUAAAACCAAUGAGCAGCUUACUAAAGAAGUGCUUAAAGAUAUAUUGAUUCGGGGAGAAGAUGACCAGGAGUUACCAGAUCGCCGAGAAGACAAAAGCCAUGAUAGUCAACAGCUUAUUAAAGAUCCGAUGCCAGGAGUGCUGAAUGAAGACUUAGCAAUGUUUGACAACCUGAUCCAGGAAGUUACCGAACUCAGCAAUGAUCCAGCAUUUCAACCUCAGCAACCAAAUAAUGAUCCUGUGCUAGAAGUGCUGAAUGAAGACAAAGAGAACCAGGAAGUUACCGGCGCCACGGACGAUCCGGCAUUUCAACAUCAGCAACCGGAGAAUGUUUUGGUCUUGACGCCGGUGUUUCAAGAGGUUUCUGAAGCGGUGGGAAAAGAGAAUGAACAUGCGGCUGACCGAGGCGCGGACAACGACCAACAGAUUAAAGUUAUAUUUACAGAAUUGCAGGAGAUCAUCACAAGUCUGAUGAAAGAGAAGCAAGAAGCUUUCCUUGAGAAGGAAGACCUCAAGGAUCAGAUAAGAAAACUGCGUGAGGAGAUGGAAAUUGAACGGAUGGAAGGAAAAUCUCUUUUAAAAGUAUUGUCUAAUAAUGAGAAGACAUUUAAAAAACUAAGCAGAGUUUCUAUGAUGGUCACCCACGAAUACAAUGAGAUGAUGCAGCAGCUGGAACUGGAGCAGAGUCUGCGUCAGGAGGCAGAGCUUUUUGCGCAUGCGAUGCUAAAAGAGCAACAGGCAGCAAACAGACAGAGCAUGAUACUGAUGCAGAACCUGGAACCCAACGUCAUGCUUCUCCGUGCUCUGGAAGAAGUCCGUAAACUCACCAACUCUUUGGAGGAAACCAAACAGGAUCUAGAGUCAAAGUUGGUGAAUCUGGAAUCGGAAUUGGUUAAGAGACCUUCCCAGGAAGAAUUUGAGUUGAUUCAAGAAGAGUUGAAAGCAGCACAUAUGGAGAAAUGCCAUCUUCAGCAUCACCUGAAGAAGAUAGCUCAGAGAUAUUCUCUUCUGGAGGAGAAAGUUAAAGUCAUGGAAGAAAAAGUAAAAGAAGAAAUUGGUAGAACUGGCGAACAAUUCACAGCAGCUCCGUCACCACCCAUUCCACCCCCUGUCCCUCCUCCGCCUCCUCCUUGCCGAUCCUUCAAAGUUACAGAAAGUCCUGUCGCGUUAAUCCAGCAGAGAAGCGGCAUGAAGACACCAGGACGCGACACUUUAAAAAGAUGUGAAGACCUUAAAACUGAAGCCGUGAAGGAGAUGAUGGAGAGAAUUAAACAUGGCAUUGUCCUAAAGCCAGUGCGGAGGGAUGGGCAGAGCCAUUAUGCUGCCGUCAACAAGCGCAAGAGUGUCAUCAAUGAACUGCAUGGAAUUCUGGAUACCAUGAGAAAACCUGGUCGUAGGACAAGUAUUCGCAGGACUAGCCGGAAAGUUACUGAAAAUGAACUGGAAGGCGUGCUGGGCAGACGUCGAAGGAUCGUGGAUGAGUCAGUUGAAAAGCAACAAGAAAGUAACCUGAAAGAUGAUAUAACACCGACAUUACCACCCCGGUCUAUGGAUAAAAGUCCAAUUUUGAUACAGAUGCGGCACAGAAAAUCCAGUCUUCUGAAGAGCAAGAGAAAUGCGUUGGCAAUAGGUGACGCGAAAGGUCAAUAGAUACAGGACAUCCUGAAUGCUGACUUUCUGGUACAUUGUAUCAUAGUGUUGGUCUUGAUGUAGCGUGUGUGGUAUUCACGUGCUACAUUUAACCAGGAAAAGCUGACUUUUCCAAGACAGCUGACAGCAAGUUAAACGGAUGGAUACCCAGAAAUGACGCUUCUUCAAAGACAUACACAGAUCCAACUGAAACUUACUUUUUAUAGAAACUUUUUACUGGCCAGACAUUGGAUAUUCUUGGAUUUAAGAGAGUACAUCGGUGUUCUAUAUACAAGGCCCAUCAUUAUUAAUAAAAGAAAAUCAUGAA